AAUAGAAGAAGACAAAAGUAGCCUUUUAAGGUAGGUAGUUGUUUGAUACAGACCGGAUAUUAGAUGAUGUGGGGAAUUUAUAAUAUGACCUCCUGACCCACGUGGCUGCGUAAUAUAGGUCAGUUUAUAUUAUAAUAGUAUAUGUGCAUAGAAACUACUACACGAGUUGUAAGAUAAAUGGUAUCUAACUGACUCGAAUGUAGUAUUCUAUUCUUUAUAUGUCUUCAGAAGACAGUUAUAAAAUAAAUUGAAACGCCUUUUCCAACUAAAACCUAUUUACGGCCCUAGCGCUUAUAGUUAACUUGUGCGUCACAGACGAGUCAAUAUGAGGUUAAGUUGUACAUCAUAGAGUGAUCGAAUCGACCGUGCUUUUUUUUUGCUUUUUUUUUUUAUUGUUGUUUUGUUUUGUUUUGUUUUUCAUUUUUUGUUUCAUUGGAUGGUUUGGCAUCGGUGCUCUGGUCAUCACCUAGGAGCAGCCAGUCGUAUGUCUUUAAAAUAUUAUCGCACUGACACGAUGGCAGCUAGAGAUUCUGCAUCGAAAACAGGAUUUGUCAACAAUUGGCAGAGCGGGAAAUCUGGCGUUGAAUGUCUGCGUUAUUCCCUGCAACAGAAAACUCACUGUGACGUCACGUUUAGCGUUGGGGAAGACAGGAAGUCGAUACCAGCUCACAGACUGAUAUUGUCUCUGCGCAGUUGCGUGUUUGAGGCAAUGUUAACUGGACCUCUGGCAGAACAAGAGAAUAUCGUGAUACCGGACAUAGAAUCCGACAUUUUCGACCAGUUCCUGAUGUUCCUGUAUACGGAUGACGUCACCGUUGAUUCCAAUACUGCGACGGGGUUAUUGUAUCUUUCCAAGAAAUAUGACGUGCCUGAUUUAGAAGAGAUAUGUCUGCUGUAUCUGGAGUCGUCAAUUUCGUCAGAAACUGCAUGCGUCCUCAUGGAACAGGCGCAUCUCCAUGACCAACUAGAUUUAAAGUUAAAGGCCAAGAAAUAUAUCUGUGAAAAUGGCGACUCUGUUCUCAAAUCGCCUGGCUUCACCGAUCUCUGUCACUCGUGUGUACUCGAGAUCACGGAAACAGACGAACUGAUCGCAUCUGAGGAGAAAGUAUUUGAAGCUUUGAACGCUUGGAGUGAGGCGGAAUGCAGACGACAAGGAAUGGAGAUAACCCCUGGUAACAAGAGGAGUGCACUUGGGAAGGCGUUGAUGAACGUGAGGUAUUCUCUUCUUGGUCAGAAGUAUUUUGUGCAGAGGGUCUCACCAAAUAAGCUGCUGACAGAAACCGAAGAAAUCACAAUCUUGAAAAACUUCAUCUCUCCCGAUAAAUCUGCUUUGCCUUUUAGAAAAGAAGCAGUAGUCAGUACUGGGGAUGUCACUGCUGAAAAGGUAAUCGAAAAGGUAAUCGCCGUUGAUUGUUUUCAAUCAAUUGGCCGUGGUGUAUGGCGUCCACCAAGUAAAGAGUUGCAAUACCACACACUGUGGUUUAGUGUCAAUCAAAACUGUCUUCUGCAAAAUGUUGAGUUCCUUGCAAAACCGACUGAAUUUUAUGUUUAUGUCUACGACGUACAGACAGGGGACAUCGUUUGUCAUUAUGAUAGUUAUUACGGAGGUCACGACACAGGCCCUUUUAUUACAUUUUCUAAAACUAACCCUCUUAUCAAAAACAAGAAAUACCUUCUGGUUGUUACAAGUACAAUAAGCCAUGCAGCAUUCUUGGUGAAGUUGAAAGACAAAGUACAGCACGGUGCGUUUAUCUGUUCUUUUGAACACAAUCAUCCAGAUGAUUACCAAGUAGUGUCCAGGUUAUCCUUCCUGGUGUAAUGAUUGAGGGCCACGAGUUGGGAUCCCACACACUCAGCCUGUAUAUCUAUAUAAUUAACUUUACAGAACUUCUAGUAGAGCUGUGACCAAUACUUUGAUCAAGAUAGUAAUUAUGUCUGAACCGUAUACGGAUAUCUUAUUAUGAACUGCUGGUGAAAACAUGUCCAAAAACAACAAUAAGUAAACAAUAAAACACACACACACACACAGAGAGAGAGAGAGAGAGAGAGAGAGAGAGAGAGAGAGAGAGAGAGAGAG